AUGAAGUCGAAACCAGAAUAUGUUACCGUCAGUAACAGCAUCAUCUGUAGACUGCGAGUAGCUCUCCUCGAGUUCACUUUGGUUUUGAUGGGUAUCCAUUACAGGUCUGGCAAUGCCUCGCAGCAUGUUUUGUGUAUCCCUCUGCGUACAGCCGUCACACUGCCACCCAUUCAUCUUACCAUUUCUUGGUCGGUGUCGGCUCCACGGCACCGUUAUCACAAACCUUACACCACAGAAUGGUCUAACAGGGCUAUAGAUGCCGGUGCCGCUGCCAGACCCUUCCACAAGGGACAGAAACCGUCUACAGUGACCGCCGCACGCGCCUACAGAUGUACGCACCACAAGCUCGCGUUGACAACUGACGAAAUCCAGCUAGAGCCUAGGCCUAGAGGAUCGCAGUGUGCUGGUUGCACAGCCACCAAGUCAGAAGAUCUUGCUGAAAAUUCAUUUUCUUGA